AUGGCGGCGGCAUUCAUCGACAUACCCCACAUUGGUCAUCUGCACUCUCUAGUCACUGCGGACAUAUUUGCACGCUAUGCCCGCCUCGAGAAUCCCCAUAGGCCUGUGUACUUCAUGACAGGCACGGACGAACACGGCAUGAAGAUUCAAAAGGCAGCACAAGCUAGGGACAUGGAUCCGCUAUCGUUUUGCGAUGAGCUUAGCGAACAUUUUCGUGCUCUUGUGAAAAAGGCUAAUAUAAGCUCUACGCGCUUCUCUCGGACGUCUGAGCCUCAGCAUCGCGAAGCGGUCCAGCACCUGUGGCGUAAAUUGGAUGCGAGAGGUCUGCUGUACAAAGGUCGUCAUUCUGGGUGGUAUUCCGUUUCCGAUGAAUGUUUCUAUCCCGAUCUUCAAGUCAAACGCGUGUCGACUCCUGGUGGUGAAGAUUACCAUGUCUCUACCGAGACCGGUUCACGGGUCGAGUGGAUGGAAGAGGAGAAUUACAUGUUUCGUCAGUCAGUCUUCCAGGACGUGCUGAGGUCUCACUACGAGAGCGUGAAUCCUCGCGCGAUAUAUCCACCGCAACACCACGCGGAUAUCCUUCAAACACUUUCAGGCCCGGUUCCUCUGGAGGACUUGUCGGUUUCUCGCCCAAGAUCCCGACUAUCAUGGGGUGUCCCCGUGCCUGAUGAUCCAGAACACACUAUCUAUGUUUGGAUCGACGCCCUGACAGUGUAUUUGUCGUCGUCUGGGUAUCCGUGGACGAAGGAAGGAGAUCUCGGCGUCUCUCGGGGUUGGCCUCCGAAUGUACAAGUUAUUGGAAAAGAUAUUCUACGCUUUCAUGCCAUAUAUCUCCCGAUGAUGCUGCUGGCGCUGGACCUGCCAUUGUCACAGCGACUUCUGUCUCACUCGCAUUGGACUGUGAACAGGCACAAGAUGUCCAAGUCUGUUGGUAACGUUGCUGAUCCAAUUGAAGCAAUAGAUGAGUUUAGCAUCGAUGUCGUCCGCUGGUAUCUUGCGCGGGUGGGUGGUCACUUUAGGGACGAUGUAGAUUGGUCCCACGAGCAGCUUCAAAAACAUGCUAGGGAAAUUACGUCACUGCUUGGCAACCUGUUUUCUCGCAUCACCUCUGCUAAAAUCCGUGCUUGCGUCAAAGGCCACGAUAGGGUAGAUUCGCAAUUCGUGCCAGAAGCUGCUUCCUUGAUAGCGUCCACGUCGCUUGCCGUGCCUCUAUACUGCGAAAAUAUGCGCGCCAUGCGCGUCGCAGAUGCUCUAGACGGUAUUGUCGCUGUCUUGCAGGAGGCGAACUUGUUGAUGACGCAGACGAAACCUUGGGCGCCAAACACGUCUCUCCAGACUGUUGUGGACGUCUACGCCGCCGUGCUCGAGUGCCUCCGCGUAUGUGGGAUACUAUUGCAGCCGUUCAUUCCCUCCAAGGCGGCGUUGCUCUUGGAUUCGCUUGGGGUACCGGUAGAUGAGCGCUCGCUCCAGUUCGCCCAAGCUGAGGUGCGCUCUCCUGCUGCAGUUCGGCCUGGUGUCAUAUUGUUCGAGAAGCCCAGCAAGGCCGUUUCGUAG